UCUAUGAGAAGCGUACAGCCCCAUUGGCACCCAUUCAUUAUUUACUUGGCUGCGAUAACAUAGCUGCAGUGCCACUCCUGGCCACACCAGCUAGUGGUCGUUCUUGUACAAUAUUCCAUUUUCUUUGUGGUGGUGAAACAGAGGGCUUCAUCAGCGAACUGAAACCACAGAUUCUGUAAGACGCUGUGCUGAAACUAGCCUACUCUAAGAUGGUCGGAGUUAUUGGUGGACUGGCAGGGGCAGCUGCUACUUUGGUAGUGGCACCAUACGUGCUGCCAGCCAUAGGCUUCACCUCUGCGGGCAUCUCAGCUGGCUCCUACGCAGCGGGCAUGAUGUCCAGUGCUGCCGUGGCCAACGGCGGUGGUGUGGCAGCAGGAAGUCUGGUGGCAACACUGCAGACAGCAGGAGCAGUAGGCCUAUCUGCAGGAGCGAAGGCUGUGGUUGCAGGUCUGGGAGGCGCAGUGGGGAGCGUGCUGUCGGCCUGGAGACGAUAGACGGCCAUGAAACUGACUGAAAUGAUCACAACACACAAGAAUUUGAGACAGAAACUCAGACAAAUUUAUGCAUAAUAUCCAUACUUAUGAUUGAUUACAACCAAACCCAGACAAAUGUAUUUGAUGAAUAAAAAUGCAUAGCAAGACCUUCA